AUGACUAGACGCCCCAUUAUUAUAGCCAAUUGCGCCGGCGCUUUGACCGACGAAGGCUUCCACAUGUACAGACAGGCCACUGAGGGCCCGGUCGAUGCGAUUACUGGUGAUUGGCUUGCAGAGUUGAAUAUCGCCACGAACGCCAAGGCAUACAAGGCCGGAGCGCACCAGGGCUGGGAAAAGAACUGCGAAGAAGCAUUACUCAUGUGCUUGGAAGUUAUCCAGGAAAAGAGGAUCAAGGUGGUUUUUGACGGUGGUGCGCAAAAUCCCAAGGGUCUAGCCGAGCUUGUCAACGCUGAAGCUGUGAAGAAGGGGCUAGACUUAAAGAUCAGCUAUGUUUACGGGGAUGACCUCUAUGCCAACGCCGAGACGUACCUUCAGCCAGAGUACGAGUUGAAGCACUUGGACUCGAAUAACGACAAGAUCAAGAUCUCCGCCGAAACCAGCGCGUUCUUUGCCAACCCCAACCGCGAGAUCGUCAGCUGCAAUGCCUAUCUUGGCGGCAGAUCCAUCGUUGCAGGGUUGAAUGCUGGGGCGGACGUCAUCAUUUGUGGUAGAGUUGCUGAUGCCUCUCCAAUCAUCGCUCUCGCGGCCUGGUGGCACGGAUGGAAAGACACCGACUACGAUAGACUAGCGGGCGCUCUUCUCGCCGGUCACCUCAUUGAGUGUUCCGGCUACACCACUGGAGCAAACUUUUGCGAUUUCGAUCGCUAUCCAAUGGACAAGUUGAUUGACAUCGGCUAUCCUAUUGCUGAAAUCGCCAGCGACGGCACGUUUAUUAUUACAAAGCAUGAAUCGCUCAACGGGUUUGUCAACGUGGAUACCUGCCGCUCACAGUUGUUGUACGAGCUCCAAGGUGAAAUGUAUCUUAACAGUGAUGUUACGGCUGACGUUUCCAAGGUGAUCAUGAAACAGAAGGCGAAAAACCGUGUUGAGGUGUCCGGAAUCAGGGGGUUCCCGCCUCCACCCACCACCAAACUUGCCUUGUUCUACGUCGGUGGCUACCAGGCGGAGUUUAUGGUCUGCGGAACUGGCACCAACAUGGAUGCCAAGUUUGAGUUGCAGGAACGCCAGGUCCGCCGAGCUAUGGAAGACUUCGGGAUCCAGGACAAGUUUGAUGUUGUGGAGUUCCAGCGGUUGGCCCAUGCGGAUGAAAACCCUGACCUGCAGAAUCAUGGCACGUCGUUCUUGCGGAUAUUUGUCCAGGCCCGCGAGUAUGCUAGUGUAAUUGCGUUUGGAAGGGCCUGUAGACGCUACGGAAUGCAGCACUUCCACGGUGCCAGCUUCAGUUUCAUCAACCCGUUUGAACCCCGCGAGUUUGUAGUUUAUUACCCUGGCUUGAUUGAGCAGCUGAGAUUGGAUGAGGGGUGUAUUAUCUUGGGCAGCGACAAUUCCGCUGCCGUAGACGUGAAGGGUGGUCAUGUUCCAAGAGCAGAGGCUUUGGGGGUCAGAAAGUCAUACGAAACCGCUAAACCAGUUGAUUUAUCCAUGUUUGGGGCUACGGUUAGGGCCACAUUAGACACUUUUGUGUUGGGGCGAUCCGGAGACAAGGGUGCCAACGUGAAUCUAGGACUUUAUGUGCACCAGGAUGACGAAUACGAAUGGUUGAAGUCGUUUGCGACGGGCAAAAACUUGCAGUAUUUGAUCGGGGAGGACUGGAAGGAUACCUACUUUAUCGAGCGGGUGGAGAUGCCUAAUAUACUUGCUGUCCAUUUUGUAGUAUAUGGCAUUUUGGGUAGGGGCGUGAGUUCAUCCACGCGUUUGGACUCGUUGGGUAAAGCCUUUGCCGACUACAUUCGCAGUAAGGUGGUGGCAGUACCAGAGGUGUUUGUCAAGAGAUACGAAGGUGUUAAGUACGAUAAUUAA